GCCCGACGAGCUGUCUGUUUCUCGUCUUUUUCCUAUUUGCCCUCGUCGCCGGCCCAACAAUUACAUACAUAAAAUAUACGUAAAUCAAUCUAAGACUGUAAACCUCCAUUUCCUGAAGCUCCCCUUUUCAAAACCCACAUCACUUUUCUCUCUCUCUCUCUCUCUGAAGGAAUUUGAUCAAGAUGAACGACCUCCUCACGGAUUCAUUUGUCAGUGAUGCUAAAGAACAUCCUUCAAGAGGACCGGAUAUUGAAAUGGGCACCCGGGUUCCAAGGAGUAACUCGGAUUUGGGAAUGGAAGCUUUUAACAAGCAGAUACAAGAAGUUGAGAAGCAUGUGGAUAAGCUUUUUGAGUUGCUUAAAAAACUUAAGGAUGCUAAUGAGGAGUCAAAAUCUGUUACAAAAGCAUCAGACAUGAAAGCAAUCCGAAGGCGGAUGGAGAAAGAUGUUGAUGAAGUGGGAAAGAUAGCACGAAAUGUGAAAGCAAAACUAGAAGGAAUAAACAAAGACAAUUUAGCCAAUCGACAGAAGCCUGGAUGUGGGAAGGGGACAGGUGUAGACCGAUCGAGGACGAACAUGACCAAUGCAUUGACAAAGAAGUUCAAAGAUCUGAUGACAGAGUUUCAGACUCUAAGACAACAAAUUGACGAUGAAUACCGUGAGGUUGUGGAAAGAAGGGUAAUUACAGUCACAGGAACCAGACCAGAUGAAGAGACAAUCAACCAUCUGAUAGAAACUGGAAACAGUGAACAAAUUUUUCAGAAGGCUAUUCAGGAGACAGGACGAGGACAGGUGCUAAAUACCCUAGAAGAAAUUCAGGAGAGACAUGACGCAGUGAAGGAAAUUGAGAAAAAGCUUCUUGACCUGCAUCAGAUUUACCUGGAUAUGGCAGUCCUAGUUGAGGCUCAAGGAGAUCUGUUAGAUAACAUUGAAAGCCAGGUUUGCUUCUAAUCUUACAAGUUACAUCAUUUUUGUCUCUGUACCCCUUAGUUGCUGCAAAACAAUGUGUUUUGCCCUCUCUUGUUAAUUGGUAUCUUGUUCAGGUUUCGAAUGCAGUCGAUCAUGUCCAAUCUGGGACAACUGCACUUCAGACCGCAAAGAAACUUCAGAAGAGCUCUAGGAAAUGCAUGUGCAUUGCCAUGAUUAUUCUCUUAAUAAUAGUGGCUAUUAUAGUGGUUGGUGUCCUUCAUCCUUGGAAGAGUGGCUAGGGUGCUUGAUUUUGUAUCUUUUAGUCACUUGUUUGUGUUCUAGUCUCUGUACUGGUAGUCCUGGCUAACGCUUUCUUUGGCUGUGUGAGUUGGUGUGGCUUUCUCAUUGAUUUUUUUUUUAAAAAAAAAAAAAACAUUUUUGGUGUAUAGUUUGGUUUUCUAAUGAUGCUGGUGUAGAAGGAUUGAGAGUUGGAGAUUUAAAACAUAGUUGCUUUCACUAAUGAAAGAGUUUCUACGUUCAGUCUCUUAUUUUGAUUUGCUACAUCAUUUUUUGCCUAGUUUGGUAUUUGGAGGCAUACAAUAGAACAUGUUCCGCGCCUCACCCUUGUCUCCUUGGCUGGAGACUUCAAAUGAUGGGAAUCCUAUAAACAGUUUGCUUCUUUGUUUGCUAUCCUAUAUAUACUGUUUUUUUGUUUCCUUCACUCUUGAUUACCUCCUGUUUACUUUUUUCGUUUAUUUACCACUCUCUCUCUUUCGGUUGCACUUUUCUUUUCUAUUCUUUUCUUUUUGUUUUCU